UGAUCAAUAGAUUUUAGACAAAAGUGGUUUUUGAGUCCAAAGAUCAGGGCUGGGUUGACCUGCAGACUGGAUCCAGGGUGUAUAAAAACAGGGGCAAGGCACAGGCUGAGAGCAGAGCAAUCAUCACCAAGUCUGUAAACACGGCAAGGGCUUAGCAGAAGGCUGCCUGAGGAGCCAGGGAGGAAGGAUGGAGCAAGGAAUGAAUGCUCUUCAUGACUUUGGGAUCCAGUCAACGCACUACCUCCAGGUGACUUACCAGGACUCCCAGGACUGGUUCAUCUUGGUGUCCGUGAUCGCUGAUCUCAGGAAUGCCUUCUAUGUACUCUUUCCCAUCUGGUUCCAUCUCCGUGAAGCUGUGGGCAUCAAGCUCCUCUGGGUAGCUGUGAUUGGAGACUGGCUCAACCUCGUCUUUAAGUGGAUUCUAUUUGGACAGCGUCCAUACUGGUGGGUCAUGGACACCGAUUACUACAGCAACACCUCCGCACCACUGAUAAAGCAGUUUCCAGUCACCUGUGAGACUGGACCAGGGAGUCCCUCUGGCCAUGCCAUGGGUACAGCGGGUGUAUACUACGUGAUGGUGACAUCCACCCUCGCUAUCUUUCGGGGAAAGAGAAAGCCAACCUACAGAUUUCGGUGCUUGAACAUCAUUUUGUGGUUGGGAUUCUGGGCUGUGCAGCUGAACGUCUGUCUAUCCCGAAUCUACCUUGCUGCUCAUUUUCCCCAUCAGGUCAUUGCCGGAGUCCUGUCAGGCAUUGCUGUUGCUGAAACUUUCCGUCACAUCCAGAGCAUCUACAAUGCCAGCCUCAAGAAGUAUUUUCUCAUUACCUUCUUCCUGUUCGGUUUUGCCAUUGGAUUUUACCUGCUGCUCAAGGGGCUGGGUGUAGACCUCCUGUGGACACUAGAAAAAGCCAAGAGAUGGUGUGAGCGGCCGGAAUGGGUCCACAUUGACACCACGCCUUUUGCCAGCCUCCUCAAGAACGUGGGGACCCUCUUUGGCCUGGGCUUGGCUCUCAACUCCAGCAUGUAUAGGGAGAGUUGCAAGGGCAAGCUCAACAAGUGGUUCCCAUUCCGCCUCAGCUGCAUUGUGGUCUCUCUCAUCCUCCUGCACCUCUUUGACUCUUUGAAACCCCCAUCCCAAGUUGAGCUGAUCUUCUACGUCCUGUCCUUCUGCAAGAGUGCAGCCGUGCCCCUGGCAUCUGUCAGCCUCAUCCCCUACUGCCUUGCCCAGGUCCUGGGCCAGCCGCACAAGAAGUCUUUGUAAGGGAUGUGGAGCCUUCAGUAUUCAAAGUCGGUGACCGCGCCAACCACUGAGGGUGGCUAGGGUCUUCUGCUAGCCCAUUUUGAGGCCAGAGGUGCUAGAGUCAGCUCAGCUGACCCCUUCCUCCUUUGCAAUUCUAAUUGUAUUGGGUGGUUUGUUUUUUUUUUAUUUAAACUAAUAAGGCUAGUUGAGAAAGUCUUAUCUGUUAGAAGUUGGGUCCUUCUGGAUUUUUCCCUGAAGACUUAACUUGUUCUUCUUUGAGAUAUACAAAAACAAGACUUCCAGGUAGGGCCAGCUCACAAUCCCAGGCUGGGGAUCUCAACUGAGAAUUUUCUACCUGUCCCCAUCCUUACACAGAAAAGGGAAAGGAGCAGUGGAUUUGAUAGAGAAAGAAGGAUGAUGGAUUAAGGCAGACUUUCGUAUCCUCCUGCACAUCA